AUGUCUAAUGAAAACGUUACAUCUGCGAAGAAUUUUGUUAUUGUAGGUUUUCCUGGACUUCACCCAAACUACUAUGGCAUCGCAUCUGCAGUUAUGUGUUUCAUUUAUCUAUGUACCUUGACUGGGAAUGGAUUAUUUUUUGCAUUAUUUAUAAGGGAGAAGAGUCUUCAAAAACCUGCAUAUUUUAUUAUGCUGAAUCUUGCUGUAAGUGAUGUACUAUUUAGCACCACAACAUUACCAAAAGCUAUUGCCCGGUAUUGGUUUACCGAUAUGGACAUCUCUUUCGCAGCUUGUUUUGUUCAGAUGCAUUUUGUUCACUAUUUUGGAUCUGUGAAUGCACUGGUGCUUGGAAUAAUGGCUUUUGAUAGAUAUGUGGCUGUCUGCCAUCCGCUCAGAUAUGCCAGUAUUAUCAAAGACUCCACUACGUUGAUGAUGUGUGUCACAGCCUGGCUGGUAGCAGAGCCGUUUAUUUUGAUUCCAGUAAUCCGAGCGUAUCCUCUCCCUUACUGUAAUUCCAACCGCAUUCUCCAGUGCUACUGUGACCAUUCAUCUCUGUCCAGGAUUGCAUGUGCUGACACAUCAUCAAAUCACGUUGUAUCUUUAACCCUGGCACUGAUUGUCCUGCUUACACCUUUGGCAUUUAUAAUGUUCUCCUACACCUCUAUUAUAACGGCAGUGUGCCGAAUCUCAUCAAGGGGAGGACGGCUGAAGACCCUUUCCACCUGCAGUUCUCAGCUUUUAAUAAUCGCCCUUUACUUUUUACCCAGGUGCUUUAAUUACAUGUCACCCAAUUUAGGAAUUACCUUGACUCCGGACCAAAGAGUACUUAUGGUCAUGUGCUACGCCCUGUUACCACCCAUGAUUAAUCCACUCAUUUAUUGUUUUAAGAUGAAAGAAGCCAGGGAAAGCCUAAAGAAAAGCUUUGCCAGAUCGACGUUUUUUCAGUUUGUAGGGGCAAAGGUGGAUGUAUUUUCUGUACACAAGUAA